GUAGCUCCUCCUUCACAGAGCAGGUAAGCAGUGAGAAAAAGGAAAGCACCAUCAUUCUGUUGUUUCUCAAAGACAGUGAGUGGAAUCCAGAGCACACAUGACUUUAGAAAAAAAAUUGUUCAGCAGUUAGGAAAACACAAACACCAUAAUGAAUGCUGAAGACACUGAUUAUCACACUUGUGAUGGAGAGAAAAGUGUUCAGCGAGAAAGAUCACAUUCACCUGUCAGUGUUUUAUCCAUGAAGAGUGACAAAUCAAUGAAAAUACCAAUUCAGUUAAAAAAUGGAGAUUCUCUGUUUAAGCAAAGGUUGUUGUUUUUCAGGUCUCUGGAGAGAUCAGCUGCCCCCAGUGUUUUAUCCAUGAAAAGUGACAAAUCAAUGAAAAUACCAAUUCAGUUCAAAAAUGGAGAUUCUCUGUUUGAUCAGAGUUCUGAGGAGAGAUCACAUUCACCUGAUCCCAGUGUUUGGUCCCUGAAAAGUGACAAAUCUAUGAAAAUACCAAUUCAGUUAAAGGAUGGAGAUAUUAUAAAUGAUAGAAGUUCUGAGGAGAGAUCACAUUCAUCAAAACCCAGUGUUUUGUCGCUGAAAAGUGACAAAUUGAUGAAAAUACCAGUUCAGUUAAAACAUGGAUAUUCUCUGUUUGACCAAAGUUCCCUAGAGAUAUCAAAUUCAUCGGAUCCCAGUGCAACACAAAAGACAAUUCACUGGAGAGAUGAAACAAAUCUACCACAUCAGAGACAUGAUGCUCCUCAUACAGAGAUCCACCAAAAAUUAAAAUCUGACAUGAAAAUGAAGCAUCGGUACAUUUUUGAAGGCCUGGCAAAGCAGGGAAACCCAACACUCCUGAAUGAGAUCUACACCGAUCUCUACAUCACAGAGGGUGGGAAUGGAGAGAUCAGUAAUGAGCAUGAAAUUAAAAGGAUUGAAAAAACAUUAAAGACUGCAGCAGGAGCAACAAUACCAAUCAAAUGCAAUGACAUCUUUAGACCUUUACCUGGACAAGACAAACCCAUCAGAACUGUGCUGACAAAGGGAGUCGCUGGCAUUGGAAAAACAGUCUCUGUGCAGAAGUUCAUCCUGGACUGGGCUGAAGGGAAAGAGAAUCAGGACGUCCAGCUCAUAUUUCCACUUCCUUUCAGAGAGCUCAAUCUGAUGAAGGACAAAAGAAUCAGUUUAGUUGGUCUUCUUCAAACCUUCUUUACGAGAGAGACAAGUUUACAUCUGAUUCAAAACUCCUCUGUCGUUUUCAUCUUUGAUGGUCUGGAUGAGUGCCGUCUUCCUUUAAACUUUCACAGCAAUGAGACUCUACAGGAUGCGACUAAAGAGACAUCACUGGACGUGCUGCUGACGAACCUCAUUGUGGGGAAUCUGCUUCCCUCUGCUCUCAUCUGGAUCACCUCCAGACCAGCAGCAGCUGAUUUCGUCCCCUCUGAGUGUGUCCAUCGAGUGACAGAGGUACGAGGCUUCAAUGAGCCACAGAAGGAGGAAUACUUCAGGAAGAGAAUCAGUGAUCCGAGUCUGGCCAAUACAAUCAUCUCACACCUGAAGUCAUCAAGGAGCCUCUACAUCAUGUGCCACAUCCCAGUGUUCUGCUGGAUCUCAGCCGCUGUUCUAGAGAAGAUGUUGAGCGAAGCAGAGAGUGGAGAGAUUCCCAAGACUCUCACUCAAAUGUACACACACUUCCUGAUCCUUCAGACCAACAUCAAACAUGAGAAGGACUAUGAGAAGAACGUGACUGAUGAAGACAUGAUCCUCAAACUGGGGAAAGUGGCUUUUCAGCAGCUUGUGAAAGGUAAUGUGAUCUUCUAUGAAAAAGACCUGAGAGAGUGUGGCAUCGAUGUGACAGAAGCAUCAGUGUACUCAGGAUUGUGCACUCAGAUCUUCAGAGAGGAAUUUGGCUGGUAUCAGGGGAAAGUCUUCUGCUUUGUUCAUCUGAGCAUUCAGGAACAUCUAGCAGCUCUAUAUGUGCAUCUCUCCUUCCACAACAGUGGCAAAAAUGUGCUUGUAGAAGGCGUUGCAAAGGAAUCAGAAAUUAAUGUGACAGUGCCAAUCAUACUCAAAUGUGCAUUUGAUAAAACUAUAGAAAGUAAGAAUGGACAUCUCGAUCUCUUUCUUCGCUUUCUCAUGGGACUUUCAAUGGAGUCAAAUCAGGGCCUCCUAGAAAGGUAUUUUAAGAAAAGAACAAUAAUCCCCCAGGACAUUACUGAGAUUACGGAAUAUCUCAAGGAAAAGAUAAAAAUCGGUUGUUCAGAAACGAGUCUCCUUGUGUUCCACUGUUUAAAUGAACUUAAUGAUCAGUCUCUAAUUAAUGAAAUACAAAAGUACAUAACCUCGGGAAAAGUUGAAGACAUCCAGUCCGAAGAACUUGGUUUUGCUCUAACGUUUAUUUUAAUGAUAUCAGAUGAGAAGUUUGAUGAGUUUGAACUACGUAAAUAUGGUAGAUCAGACUUAUUCUUUACCUGGCUGGAACCUGUGAUCAAGCUGUCUACAAAGGCCUGGUUGCGUGACUGUAAUAUCACAGAAAUAGCCUGCGUAACGCUGACUAAAAUUCUUUCAUCACAAUCCAAUGUGAGAGAGCUGGAUCUGAGCCACAACAACCUGCAGGAUUCAGGAGUAGAAAUACUCAGUGUUGGAUUAAAGAAAUCACAAUCUGCCCAACCAAUAAUGGAGGAAUGGUUCAAGAGUAGGCCAAAGGUUCCAAACCAACAUCUUUUGUUUGAUAAUUUUAUAUCUGUCACUGCUGGACUACAGGACACAGAGUGCAGACUGGAAUCUUUAAAUCUGGAGAACUGUGGAGUAACAGAAACAGGCUGUGGUUCCCUGAGCACAGCUUUGAGUUCAAACCCUUCACAUCUGAGAGUGCUGGACCUGAGCUGGAACAACAUAGGAAACUCUGGAGUGAAACAACUCUGUGCUUCUCUGGAGAACGUUCAGUGUGCACUGGAAAUACUGAAGUUGAACAAAUGUGGAAUGACAGAGGAAAGCUGCACUGCUCUAGCUUCAGCUCUCAGCUCAAAGACCUCCAGUCUGACAGAUCUGGAUCUGAGUAUUAAUGAUCUACAAGACUCAGGUGUGAAGAAGCUCUGUGCCGGACUGCAGAAUCCUCACUGCAAACUAGAGAAACUGAGGUUGUCCAACUGUAAUGUUACACAUGAAGGUGUGAUGGUACUGACCGAAACUCUGAAAUCAAAUCCAUCCCAUCUGAAAGAGCUUGAUCUGCUUGAGAAUGAUCUGGUAGAGUCAGACUUGAACGUGCUCUCCAUGAUCCUGGAAAAAUCAUCAUUAAAACAGAAGAAACAACACUAACACAAAUCUUUAAGACUGCUCUAGAAAGCAACAUUUAAGAUUUGAUAGUCUGGAUAGGUUGUAUUCUGAAUUAUAUUUUCAUAUCUAUAUAUACAGUUUGUUUAAUAAACAUCAAGUAUACUAUAUACAAA